AUGCAACUUCCAAGACGCGCCAACAUGAACAGCACCGAAAAGAGAAUUCAUCGUGAACUUCGUAACUACGUGAGAGAUGAUCUAUCUGAUUCUGGGAUUGUUAUAGAAUUAGUCAAUAAUGAUCUUAUGAACCUCAAGGCUUACAUGAAAGGCGUGCCUGGAACUCCGUAUGAAGGUGGAAAGUAUGAAUUGGAUAUCACGAUUGAUGAUUCCUACCCGUACAAAGCUCCGACGUUCAAAUUCAUUACCAGAAUCUGGAACCCCUGUGUUAGUCCUUUUGACGGGACUGUUUGUCUUGAUCACGUGGGGAACGGCGUGUGGCCGGUCACAAUGACCAUAUUCGAGGCUCUUCUUAUUAUCCAGUCAUGGAUGAGUGUAUAUGAUAGUGAACAUCCAGUCGAUAUGGACAUUUCCAAACAAGCCGUCGAGCAUGAGGAAAUCUUUAAGAAAACUGCCAAGUUCUGGGCCACAAAGUAUGCGGGCGCCAGGAAUCCGUAUGAUAGGAAAUUGCUCCGAAAGCUUCGGUUGAUGGUGAGAAUUACGAACAAUGAGGAUUUGGCAAUGUUCGCGCUUAGUUAUCACAACUGGGUGCUCCCAACCGACAUCAAAAACCCAAGAAUCGUUCGUAUUUAA